ACGCAUGAAUAGGUUUUAGUUUAGGUGGAGUUUCCGCAGUUUAUAAACUAAUUUUAACUUUUGUUAUUUUUAAAUAUUGAAAGAUGUCUGGUCAAAACGUAAACGUUUGUGAUAUUGGUGAUGAUGUCAAGGAUGUAUUGAAAAAGUUUAGGUUUCAAAAACACACAACAAAUUCUGCGCUGAUACUGAAGGUAAACAGAGAAAAACAAGCAUUGGAAGUUGAUGAGGAACUUGAAAAUGUUGAACUUGAAGAGCUGCAGGACAUCCUUCCAUCACAUCAACCACGAUUCAUUGUCUAUAGCUAUAAAUUGGAACACAGUGACGGACGGACAUCAUUUCCGAUGUGUUUUAUAUUCUACACACCUCGCGAUGCUCACAUGGAACUUCAGGUAAUGUACGCGGGAACACAACGCGCUCUGGCCGCGGCCGUCGGCGCUCCUCGACUGUUGGAAGUUAGAGAAAUCGAUGAACUCACCAGCGAAUGGCUCAUCGAGAAACUAAGGAAAUAGAACCUAAACUAUUGGGGCUAUUGACCAAUAUAGUCAUAUUACGUAAGAUUAUUUAAGAGGAUUACGAAAGUGUUGCCUAUAUAUAUAUAAUUCCUAUAUUUUUAUUAUUUAUAAAUCGUAGGGCUAUUGUCGUUCGUGAUGACGUUAUUCAUAUCACAAAUUAAAAACUCAACUAGCAAAAUGACGUUGCGACGAUACUGAUUUGGCGUUACGUUGCGAAGGAUUUAGAAAAAGAUAGGGUACCUAACACCUAGGCAUGGGCGAUAUCUGAUUUUUGUGAUAUCGCCCAACGAAUUUGGAUUAAAUAACGAUGUUGACCGAAUUGAGAUAUCGCCCUGGCUUUGAACGAUACAUUGUACGAUAUGUGUGAAAGAGAUGAAACGAUCUGGUAUCGAAAUCGGUUUAAAAUUCGCUUCAUCUCUUUCUCACAGAUGGGUUGCUGUAAAGUUGAAGAGAGACAGGGCGAAUAUUUCACGAGUUUAACGUUAUCGUAUUUGAACGCUUUGACGUACCAGAACGAUAUUCAUAGUUUUUUAGUUGCGGUGAAAACAGUUAUAGAUGAGGAGUCAUCAUCAAAUCGAUGGCAUCUGAUAUUCCGAAGACAUCCGGUUUUAGAUGUGUAUCGAUAUAUCGACCGCAUGCCUCCUAACAUCUGAAUCCACCCCCACGCGCGGGGCAAGUCGCAGACGAAAAUUCGUAACAGAUACAGACAGAUAUGGACCAAAUUAAAUUAAACUGUAAUUGCUCUUAACACAUCCAGUAUCAUCUAACAAUAGGUAUUUUACAAAUUUACUAAAUGAGCAAUAAAAUUAAAUAAUAUAUUAAGAAUAACUAAUAGUUCUAUUUUAAUGUUACCCGUCGAUUUAUGACGUAGAUCAACCAAUCAAAACCCGUUAAAUCUAGUGUAAUGCAAUUCCAGUAGUGUAAUUAACAUUGUCUGAUAUACAAGAACAGCGUCGAUAGUAACCCUACGAUGUAAAAAUAUAGAAAUUAUUACAAUCUUUUUUAUUAAUAAUAAAUAUAAUACAGGUUUUAUAAGCAUUUUUACAGUAUAUUGCAAAACAAAAUUUAUUAUAAACGUCAAUAGUCCAAUGGUUGACGGCCCAGCGAUGUAAAAGGUCGGAUCGAUGCAAACCCCUUGGGCUAUUGUCGUCCCCACUCCUGACACAAGUGAUAAGCUUAAAUUGAGGGGUAAAUAGGAAUAUUAGUAAUUCCUUAAUCAAUUUGGGGCAUUGCUACAAUCCUAUAUUAAUAAAAAUGUCAUUCCUUGCUAAAGCCUAUUCCAAGUACAGGAGGAGUAGAGAUAAACAAGUUUGACCUUGAAAUGACGCGAUAUCAUUGGUCGAGAAAAAUCUAUGAUAUUCAUAACGCGAUGUCAUUGGUCGAGGUCUUGAUUAAUCUAUUGUAGUAAUUAUAACGUUGUAUCUAAAAUAAGAAAUGCGUUUUGAAUGUCGAGGAAGUUUUCAUCAGCACUUUGGAAGUAAAAUUAAAGUGGAUAUAAGUAGUUAAGUGUAAUGGUGUUGCAUUAUAAAUAAACAUAUAUAUUAGUCAAGAACUGUUUUGUUGUGCUCAGAGCAGAGCUAUUAACAAAUCUCAUGGAAUUUGUAAAACUAAGGUCUGUUAACCUUUACUCCUUCAAUUGGAAUAUUUUAAUAUUACAUUCCGAAGAAAGUUUAUAUUAAAUUAAUUAAUUAUUUAUCUUCUCAUUAAUUAAUAACGUAAUUACCAAAAUGAGUUUUCAUGUUUAAAAGACAUUAAUUUAAGUAUAAUUUAUGUUAUUGCUUGGUGCUAAAAGGAUCAAAGUAGAUCUUUGAGUAAAAUUCAAUCGACCUUAUACCAUUUGAGAAACAUACAAAAAAGAUGUCACGUGACACCCGUUUGUAACGAAGUUUAUUUUUCUAUAUAUUAGGUAUUAAAAAACAGACCAUGAAAUAAAUCAACAAUAUUGAGACUUGUUAUGAAAAAAGUUUCAGUUAUAUAAAAGCGUAUAUAAUAGAACGAGACAGAGAGAAAGAGAGAGGGGAUAACGGGUUUUCCUUUCGUGACGACAUUUGCCAUUUCAUUUUACUGUAAGUCGCGUUAAAGAACUUCGUCGCAAUAAUUAAUUAAUUAGUUCUAAAACGGCAUAAGCUUAACCUACAAUAUAAUACAAAAAGGCUUAUGUUCUAUUAAGCAACCGAUAUCCGUUCACUGUAUCGGUUCUGAUUAUGAAAAUUAAAGGUUUUUGAUAUUGACCCUUUUAGAACUAGGCUACAGAUUAUUAUUUUUUUAUGUGCUUGCUUAUUGUGGUCUAAGGAUAUUUUAAUAUUAUAAAUACGAAAGUAACUCUGUCGGUCAGUCCGUUUGCUCUUUCACGGUCAAAUCACAGAACUGAAUUUGAUGUAAUUUGGUAUGAAGCAAGAUUGACCGAUAACGGGCGAAGCCGCGAGCGACUACUAGUAUUAUGUUUAUACAGAGCUGAGAAAAGAAUGAAUAUGGCUCAGAUUCUCCAAAAAAUUAAUAAAAAUAUUUUUUUGUUUUAUAGCCCAUUUAUUGAGGGGCUAUAGAUUAAAGCUAUAGAAAACGACACUGAUAACUUCUUUGCACAUUUUUUACAGUAAAUUGUUUGUAAAAUUAAAAACUAUCAACACAUAUUUGAUAUUGUAUGACAUAAGAUUUAGAUUUGAAAUAAAUGAAAUCAAACUUGUAAAGCUGCGUCUCCAUAAGUGACAUUGCUAUCGUUUUGGUGACAUAAGUCUGUAAUCAACUUAUGUUCCCAAGGUUGAUGAAUUGAAUAUUUCUUUGUCUGGGCGGUGGUGACCACUUACCGUCAACGGCCCAAAAACCCGUCCGCCUAAAUAAAACACAUAAAAAGAAAAUGUUGCCGACAAUCAUUGUUCACUUAAAUAUAAAAGAAAAUCUUGGUCUUGCCAUAUAUCAAAUUUAAAAGAGUAAUAAAAAUAAAUUAGAGACAUCCUGAAUUGCAGUUGCAAACAUAAAUUGCCAACAAUUUCCAUCGUAACACAUUAGUAUAUAAGUUUCAAAUAAUUAUAUUAUAUUAUACCAUAAAGCAAUAUUAUCAAAACCAACCUUUUGAUAGUUUUUUUUUUUUUUGAAUAUAUACAGGGUUAUUGGUAAUUCACCGUAUUCCCGUUAGCAGAAGUCAAUUAUCAAUUUUGAGGUCUUGCGCGGAUGUCACAGGCGUCGUAAACUAUGGAUUUCAUGUGACCCUGGACAUGGAAUGCGAGAGGCCGUGGAAUGGGUCCUCCUCGCCCGCAACGAUUAGAAAACGACUCAAUGGCUUUAAAUACAUGUUGGAAGAUGCAUUUUUGAAAUACUUACUUGUAAAAAAAGCUAAAAACGUAAUAACUCAGAAAUGGUUCACUUUUGCAAAUAGUCACACCAUUCAUAUCUUAACGGGAAUACGUUGAAUUACAAGUAACCCUGUUUUCUUUACAUAGAGCUCGAAAAUCUGGAAAUAUUUUGUUAUUUUUUUUAUAUAUAAGUUUACCAUAUAUAUAGUAUGAAUUUAAAACAAUUGUCUAAUAUAUAAUUUAGCUUCAAAUGUAUAGCAUUUUUGGAUGAAUUUGUAAAUUAUUAUAUAGGCACAAAAUAACUGUUUUUUGAGUAUUUUUUAUGGGUUGAUCUGUGAUUGGAUAAAAAAUAUACAUUCGAAAUUUAACUUCUGACAUUUAUGCCUCUGAUCUCUUAUAAUCUGUGCUUAUGUUAUUAAGUUUAAUAGGUUGUACGCGCUAAUCAAAAGUAUUUCCAGCCUUAUUUUAAAAAAAUGUUCGUCAGCUCAACUUUAUCAAUAAAUAGGUCAUCCAUUUAUUGAAAAAAUUUAAACUAAAAAAUAUUUGUGCCGUGACUGUGACGUCACGCACGUUGGUUUAACCAAAGCAAAUGUACUAUAACAAUCAACUCAGAAUUUACUCCCAAUUUUUUGAACCAAUUGAUUAGUUUAGUUCAAAAGGGGAUUCCCCCUGAUUUUAACAUUAGUAUUUUGUUAUUUAUAGUAUCACAUAUAAUUAAUAUAAUUGUCUUUUAUAUUAUAAUAUAAUUAAUUUCACCCCUUUUUUCUUCUGCAUUUAUAUGAGCAUGACAAUUUUUGUUGUUCAAGUAUUGAUUAAGUAUUAAAUUAAGGCGAAUAAAUUAAAUGAAUAAAGGUUUUGAUAACAAAUUUAUUUAUAACAAAUUAUUUUGUGUAUAUUU